AUGCAGAACGAGCGCAACCUGUACAUGCUGAUGGAGUACGUGCCGGGCGGCGAGCUGUUCUCGCACCUGCGGCGCGCCGGGCGGUUCCCCGACGACGUGGCCCGGUUCUACUCUGCGGAAAUCGUGCUAGCGCUCGACUACCUGCACAGCCUCAAGAUCAUCUGGCGCGACACCAAGCCCGAGAACAUUUUGCUGGACGAGCACGGCCACGUGAAGCUGACGGAUUUCGGGUUCGCCAAAAAGGUGGUGGACCGGACAUGGACGCUGUGCGGCACACCCGAGUAUCUGGCGCCCGAGAUCAUCCAGAGCAAGGGCCACGGCAAGGCCGUCGACUGGUGGGCGCUGGGCAUCCUGAUUUUCGAGAUGCUGGCCGGAUACCCGCCGUUCUACGACGACAAUCCGUUUGGAAUAUACGAGAAGAUCCUGGAGGGCAAGAUUGUGUUCCCGUCGUUCUUCUCGCCAGCGGCCAAGGAUCUGAUCCGGCGGCUGCUGAACGCCGAUGUCAGCAAGCGGCUCGGCAAUCUGCAGGGCGAGGGCGAGGACGUGAAGCGACAUCCGUGGUUUGCCAUGAUCGGCUGGCAGAGCCUGGUGGAGAAGCGCGUGCCGCCGCCUAUUGUGCCGCCGCACAGGCAUCCCGGCGACACAUGCAACUUUGACAAGUACCCGGAGCCGCCGCAGGAGCCAGCGCCCGAGCCUGGCGUCGACCCAUACCGGCAUCUGUUUGCUACCUUCUAG